CACAACAUCACGUGGGAUGUAUGCAGUUCAAUUUUCCAGGAAAGCCUUGAUGGAAGAUAUCGUUUGCUUCUUUGUUGUUCUAUUCUCCAUCAUUUUUUGAGACAUCGAAAUGGACGUACAGAUGGUGCUAAACGUUGCUGUAAGCACGACGAAGCUCAUGGGCUUGUCCAUCGAUAUAAUCCGUGACUUGUCACGCCUGUGCGACCGAUACCGCGACGCCCAACUCAUUCUGGAGAGCAUCUCAGGGCAAGUCAACGUUUUGAAAGUUGCUUUGAUGAGGAUCAAUGAGUUGGCCAUGGGUGGCACCUCGAUGCGGCACCACCAGUUAACUCUUGAUUUGGGAAGCUCCCUACAAUGCUGCGACCUACUUCUCACGAGGCUUGGAGCCGAUGUGGUGGACUUGAAUACCGAGAAAAAUGGCGUGCAUCAAUCGGCAUUCGCAGCACGUCUCAAAACAGCUUUCAACGGCGGGCCUGCAACUGAAAUUCAGGCUAUGCUUGAUCGGCAAGCCAAUGCACUAACAUUACUCCUAACCAUCUAUAAUUGGUAAGUAAUUCUACCUUAAUUAUUAUGUAAUAUAAUUAGAUAUCAUCUAAGACUCUCAAAUAUCAAGUCAAUCAACAUUGGACCAAGGUAGCAUGCUUGAAGAUCCACAGAAGCGGGAGCUACUCAACCAAAUUGAAGAGGAUGGACAAUCUCUCAGAGUACACCGAGACACUGCGUCGUUCGUCACUCAGGACACUGACCAACUCUCUCUGUUAUCCCACGAGUUUACAUUUGAUGAGAUACUACUAUCUACCAAGUUAUAUUCGGAUAAAUCACGACUACUCUUUCAACUGUUGAGAAAGCGAGUACAGCAAGCCAAGGCUCUGCUCUCUGAAGACGAGCUUCGCGCCAGAGCAGAGCAAACAACUUCGCAAGAAAUUGACCGCCAAAUCAAACGUGAAGACGAGUUUAGGAAGAACCAUAUUUUCCUGACUUUCACAUAUCCCGAUACACAUGACGACUUGAUGCAUCAACUCCGUAAUAGUGGCGUUGUCUACCGUUCCCAUCGGCCCAACCAAAACCGAAAGCGAAUUGAGCAGCGAUACGGCGGUGUUAAACGCUUUGGAUGGUUGUACCCGAUCAUACGCAUGAUGAUAUGGGAGCCGGGAAAUUGUCUUCCAGGUGUGGAAGACGUCACUAUUCACACCGCAGGAGGGCUUUCUGGGGGAGAGGAAUGGUUAACACCAGCAGCGGACUGUUCAAUGAUAAUUCUUGUUACGGACAUGACAAACUCUCUCGGAACUUCUAAAAGUCCUUAUCAACUUCUGUCAGAUGCCAAGAGGUUUUUCGACUCAAUGAAUGCUCGUUUUGGCUGUUGGAGUAUUAGAUCCUGGGUUGUUCUUACCAACGGGGAGGAUGAAGAGCGUGAACAUCAGCUGCGCCAGCUAACCAGUGACCUGUGGUCCAGUGAAGAUUUGUACUCGGCUAUUGAAUCUUACUGGUAUACUAAGACAGAAUUCUACAACUCACCAGUCAAGGCACUCGUAUACAUAAUAUUAGAUAGCUUUCGCCUAGCAUCGCUAGGGAAAAUAGAGACUAUUUCAGCAAGUGGAUCUAAAAUAAACGCGAUACGUAGGUCUGUCUAACAUUUAUCGGCUAAAAGACCACCAUCACAGCGGCUAUAGUAAUGCACCAUAUUCGCUACUAACGAG